GAUGGUGGCGUCGCUGAGAGACAAGUAUUUGAAGAUCAAGCAGGAGGGUAUCACUCCACCGCGCAAGAAGAUAGCCGAUCAUGAUCAGAGCAUGGAUUCGGCUCCAGUGGCAGCGGCUGGCAGCAACAGUUUUCGUGAAGAAUUGAUUGCCCCGUUUGAUGAGGAUGUGGAAAUGGAGGAUGCGUUUCCUCCUCCGCUACCAUCUUCGCCGCCGCCUCCUCUUCCAUCCUCGCCGCCGCCCGAUCGCUAAAGUAUGAUCAAGAGAUUCCCUGCAAUGCCCUCUCUGGGCAUUUGCUGCUGCGAGGGAUGGUGAGUGCGAAUGUGGAGAGUUUGUCACCUUUUCGAUUUUACCAGCAUUUGCUGCC